AUGUCUUCGUUGCUGCGAAAGUUCUCCAACCUUUCCACCAAGUCCAAAGCCUCUUCCAAGUCGUCGAACACCACCAACACCGCCGCUCCUGCUGCUCCCGUCAAAAUGUCCAAGAUCGCCGUCAUCGUCUUCUCGCUCUACGGUCACGUUGCCAAGCUGGCCGACCACGUCGUAGAGGGUGCCAAGUCCACUGGUGCCCAGGUCGACCUGUACCAGAUCCCCGAGACGCUGUCCGAGGAAGUCCUGGCCAAGAUGCACGCCAACAAGGCACCCAUCUCUUCUCUCCCUGAGAUCACCCCUGAGAAGCUCGCCGAGUACGAUGGAUUCAUCUUCGGUUUCCCUACGCGAUACGGUCGUGCACCCGCUCAGGUCUCGGCCUUCUUCGACAAGACCGGUGGUCUCUGGGCGUCGGGCGCUCUGAUCGGCAAGUUCGGUGCUACCUUCACUUCGACCGCUUCUCAGCACGGUGGUAACGAGACCACCCACCUCACCACCAUCCCCUUCUUCGUCCACCAGGGUGUCAACUACGUUCCUCUGGGUUACCGCGAGUUCGCCAACCAGACCAACCUGGAGCAGAUCCACGGUGCGAGCGCUUACGGUGCCGGUACCAUUGCCGCCGGUGACGGUAGCCGUCAGCCUAUCGACAUUGACCUCACGAUCUCCAAGAGCCAGGGCAAGCACUUUGCUGAUGUCGUCAACACUUUUGUCAAGGGCAAGUCCGCUUAG